AUGCAAUUUCUUGGUUUCAGCUGCAAAUGGAAACAAGUCCCUAAAAUAGAAGCGAGCGACGACGACGCCGAAUUCGGUCAAAUCAAUCUCGGCACAAACAUCGAGACAUUUUUCAUCAAGUUUUACACAUUAAACAAAGGAGGGCAAGAGGAAGGAACCGGGAAAGAAGUCGUUUGCCAAUUGGAUUGUUUUGUCGACGUUCCGCUCAGCGAGGCUCAACAAUGCCUGGAUAUCAUUACGGACUCUCGCAUUUUGUUGCAAAAGGUUCAAAUCGAAAUCCACACCGUCGAUGCGAAAUAUAAAUGCAAAAUUGAGGAGGUUUUUGAUGUCUAUUUCAAUCGGCGACAAAUGUGCGCGCCGGGAAUGGUGAAACGAUUGGUGUUCUUUUGCUAUGAUUUCACGUAUGGUGUGAGCUUCGCCAAUUGCAUGGCGAAAAUUGCGCCAAGGGUAUACGAGAUAAACAUCGGUAUUGCGAAGCGAAAAACCGCGCCGCUGGUUCCUGACAAUGAGGCCGAUUACGUGCUGGAAUUUUUGCAGAAUUAUAUCAAAAAUGGCGGGUGGGAGACGAUAAGAGUAAUUCGCCUAUACUGCUUCAUCAAACUCGAUCGCCAAUUGGGAAAAGUGCUGAAAUCGUGCAUUCGCCUCAAACACAUCACUUUCUCAUUUAUCAAUGAAAUCGCUCUAAUGGAGGUGCCGCACGUGACGUCAGUGCUUCUCGACGGCUGCGAUGCCGCAUGCACAUUGUAUGAUUUCGAGUUCGCCGAGAAAGUGCCGAGAAUGUUCCCAGCGGCUACCGUAUUCGGCUAUUUGCGAUGUGCUCUCGAAGUUGCCAUAAAAGGAUUACUCCAAUUUUCGUUUCAAAAAGUCAACGACAAUCGAAAUUCCAUAGAUUUCUAUCAGCCCGGAAGUGAUUUUCGUCGCUUUUUACUAGAAGCCACAAAAAACUUCGAGGUCGUCAACGAUGACAACGAGCUGGAAGGCGAAAUCGAGCUAAUUGGUCAUAAUGGCGGCCCAUUGGUGACGGUGCACAAUCGCGACAAGACCUAUUUCAUCGAUUGA